AUGGCUCACUUUCUACCUUGCGUGCCAAAGCCUAACCAUCUUGUUCUCAUAGAUGCUUGCUAUCCUGCCGGCAAGGCAUUGGCAAGCAGCGGCCCAGACUAUGCGCCUGACAGCAACUCGGUCUCAAAGCUUGUCUACUAUUGCUCCAUGAAGCCUCACAAGUCCAACAAGGUUGCCAAAGUUCUUCUCACCAGAGCACAAAAGGAUGCACUCAAUCCGACGCCGACAAAGGGCAAGCCAAAUCUUUGCAUCACCCUCGCCAUCUUGACAAAGCUACUCGACGGCUGCCGUCAACACCUGAGCUACUUUGCAAGGGAAGCCAUAGAGAUCAUCGAGCUCGCAGCAGCCGUCAAACAGCCCGGUCAGCCUGAGUACAGAGACAAUGAAGUGGCAGAGAGGGCAGCCAGCGCUUUCCACGCAUUUGCUACUUUUGCAGACAGCGCAUCCCUCGGCAUCGACAAUGAAGUCACCCGCCGCUACCUCUAUGUUCUCGCUCAAUUCGGAACCAUCGCCAGAGAGCCUUACGGCAGAGACAAGUCAAUGGCUGCAACCGGACGCCUGAUCGGCCUGCACGUCAUCGAUGGCGCGGUUGUGAGCGAUAUCAUGUACACGUCAGAAUUCUCGGAUCAGGUCAAGCACAUCAUGCCCGCCUUGCUCUUCAACGCAGCAGACCCCAACAUUUCACUUGACUUCUUGGAGGCAGAGGCUGCAAAGACAGACGCCGAGCUCAACUUCAAUGAGCAUCACACCAUCCGACGCCCUCUCGCCGAUCGCAAGCUGCUCAGCAUCAGUGUCUCUGGCAAGGGCGAAGAUGAAAAGUCAGAGGAAAAGGUCGCGGCUUCUGCUGUCUUUACACUCAGGUCCAUCUUCAGACUAUCACACAACUCCCAGCUGGGCUUUGCGCUCGACUCCUUUGUCGAUUGGGCAGACAGCUUUGACGGCGGUAGAACAUGGCAGAGAACAGACUGGCUCUGCUGGCUCGCGCAGAGCAUGGUGCAAUGGACCCAUCUGCAAUACCGCUUUGUCAUCAUCAAUACCCUCCUCGAGAAGCUGCUGGCCAUGAAUGGCGUCCGUAAUGGUGUGACCAACAAACAGGUCUCGCUGCUUGCAAUGGUCCAAAGCGUCUUGCUUGGACCGACUAGCAUGGUCGGCUUGGGCAUUGGCGACAUCUUGGCCCAGCUGGUCUCACUUAUCAUCGCACGCGCUCGAGUAGGCCCGAAGGACGCCCUUUUGCCUUACGCAACUUCCACUAUUGCCGCCCUAGGCACUCACGUAUAUUAUGCCGAUCAAUAUAACGAUCUAGCUCAAGACAUCUUCGAGGCCGUCGCAACCAUUAGAGAGAGCGAAGAUACUGGUGACGAGGGCGCUCUCUCACCUCAACAACGCGACGAGGCGACACGAUCAAUCAUAGAGGCUCUCGCCAAGCUGCUCCAGCAGGGCGCUCGCUCGAGUCGCAUGGUGCAGGUCCCCGUGCCCCUCAAGCGACAUGAGCAGAUCAUGGCUGAUGCUUCGAACGACAAGCGAUCAGAAGCCCAAGAAGCUGCAAAGGCAGCAGGUUCGGAAGACCAGAAGGACGCGACCGGUCGCACUGUGCUCAAGAUGCAGGCUACGGUCAAUCGCAAUCCGAUUAGACCAGAGGUCUGGCAGGAUGGUCUCGCCGUGAUGGGCUCCACAGAUCCCACUGUCAGGCUCGCUUUUGGUCAUGCCAACCUCGCCUGGAUCCGCACGGAGCUCUUCGCAGACACCAAAGGACUCGACACUGGCUCGAGCGACGCAUCGGCAAGUCUCGAACGCUUCUUCAAUGCGUACAGCGCGCAGGUUUUCGAAUUACUUACCUCACGGUCGAUUGCUGCCGAGCGCAACGCUUCUGGGCCGAACUCGCGCAAACGACAGGACUCGAGCAUCAGAAGAUCCCCCUCGCUCCCUCUAUUGAGCGAUGCCGUUCUUGCGACGCCCGCCGACUUCUCAGUUAUCAAGGCACAGAUCGAGCACCUCUUUGCACAAAAGUCAAUACAAUCGCUUCUCGCCGGUGUUCCUAUGCUGCUCGCACUUGACGAAGAAGCAGGCACCGCCUGGGCCAGCAACGUGGGGGAUGGGGGCAGACUAGGCGAGCCUCAACGUCGGCGUGGAUGCCGAGAAAUUGCCGCUGCUGGCGUCAUUGCAGCUGGCCAUGCCUGGCAAUCCAGAAGCGUUCUCUCGGCUGCGUCUGAAGCUCAAAAGUAUCUUUCGCCUUCAACCCUACCCACGCUACCUUCACUCGACGCUGUAUCGGCUCCUCCACCCACGUUCUUGAGACAGGGCGGCGAUCAGGCUGAGACUGGUUUUCCGGUUCUCAACCGGAACACGAUCAUUGAUGGCUUUGCAAGCGACAAUAGCGUUCAAUCUGCCUCUGGACUGUCUGCGACGGUGCUGAGGGAGACACUCAAUCAGCGCUGGUCAACAGAGCUUGCUAUUCAAAGAGCCUUUGCAGGUACUUCCGGUCGGCAGAUCCGCGAAAAUUCCCCGGCACAGUCUAUCAAGCUCGUCGCGUCAUCGAAAAAGCCUCCGACGGCAAGGUCACCUUCUAUUUCUGAUAUGCGCAACGCUCUCGGCUCCUCAGAGGGCCCUGCUGCCGCACCAACUGUCAGCCGACGUUCGUCUGGCUACGGUUCGCGUCGCAUCUCGUCUGUACCGACGGCCGAGCAGCUCAAUCGCCUGGGCCUGAACGAAGCACCUGUCACUUCCAAUGGUUCGGCAGAUACUUCCUCAAAAAGCGUUGCCAGACGAUUGAUACGUAAGGCACAGAUACAAGCGAAGGCAACAGACUCAGGACUCACGGCGAUGGUCCUAUUCAGCUUGUUUGCUGUCCUUCUCGCGAGCCAGCUCGUAGCCGGGCUCAACGUCGACCUAAAGAACGUUGACGCGGGUCGCUUGGUGACUUCGAAGUACGAGAAAGCAAUCGCAAAGGCAGCACGAUUAGCCUCGAACAAGCCAGGCUAUGACAAGGACCUCAUCUCUGCGGACAAGCUGGACGCUAGCGUCUACCAGGCAUAUCUCGACUACGCGCAAAGGACUGGCAUGUUGGGCGUACGCCGAGUGAAAGCCACAGGUUCGCCGCAUUUCAACGACCUCGAAUUAGUCGCGGUCAACGGCAGUACGAGCUCGGUCAAAGUGCCCGCAUCUCCCGGCCUCCUCAAGUCUUGGAAAGCGGCAUGGCCAGCAUUCUCGACGACACUGAACGAAGUCGUCCCAUUCGCACAACAAAUCGAGGUCCUCAACGCGUCCAAGAACGUCAAGCUGGCCAGCAAGACCAAGGUGACAGCAGCAAAGGCAUCGCCAAUCGUCCAGACGAACGCGAACAAGUGCCACGUCCAGUGCCCCUCUGGCUUCACGACUGUACUGAAUGAUAACCGUGGCGCAUAUUGCACAUCGACCUUCACGGGGAUCUAUCACGGCAGACACUACACGAAGUAUCCUAUCCAGUGCUUCUACUGGAAAAUGAGCUAUGGUGGGCAGAACACCUAUACAAUCACCAAGGCAGGCACCGCGAAAGCAUACGCCUGCCCCGAUGCGACCUGUGUGGUCGGCGGCAAGUCCAACUUUCCCGACUUUCCUUUCGCUGCUGCAAAAACGCCUCAAGCUGUGGCUGCCCAGGUGGCUGCCAGUAUCUUCAGCAAGUAG